CUCACGAUUUGCUCAUUUCAGAGCUUCAGUUAUUUGGUCGAUAGUAUUUCACUGUGCGAAACAAAGAGAAUAAAAAUAGAUAACUCCCCUACCGUACCAAGAUAACUCUGACACAAGUAGACAAGUGCAUCAGUGAACCGGCUUCUAUGUGGUGUUUUUCCUCUUUGUCUGUUCCCCUCCUGCCAAAUUUUUGACGUUUCUAGACGUCACGUUCCGGCAUUAAGAGGUUUUGUGAAAUUUUAUUUAGUUCUCUGUAUUUCGAAGAUCCUUUGGUCUCAUAAUGGAAAAUAAGAAUGAAUUCUUAGAAGCCGGCGAUGGAUUCGUGAAGGAGAGUCAUAUAGGGGCCCCCUUACAGAGGGAACACGAUUCCGUGGAUGAUUUCGAACACUUAGGCCACGAAUCCCUGGUGCAGAAAGAAAUUGACCAUAACUCCCCCACAGUGAAAAAAGAGUUAAGUGACUUGCUGAUCGGCCAUACAGGUGACCUUCAUGAAAUAAUCAAUAAAGGGGUUGAUUCUGCCCACAAGGAUGGUAUCGAAAACGUCAGUGCAGCGCAAAGUUUUUCCUCUGAAUUAGACGAAGAUUUCGGCAGAAGAGAAGGAUCUGUUAUGGAGUCGAAUUUAAUAUCAACCGUGGACGAUUUUCCAAGUUCGUAUGAAGGUAAGGAGAAAUUGGAUCAAUACCUGCAAGGUGCAGCAUUUGGCGACAUUAAAAAUUUCUUGUCCGACUCGAAAAACAACGACGUAUUAUCUCACCCAAAUAUAAAAUCUGCUACUUACGACUUCAUGGAAGCUGAAAAAGGUAUCCAAGAAACAAUUUCAUCAAAAGCUGAAGAAUUUGAGGAUAAGAGCCCCAAGCAUGGAGAUCUAUUGAAAGACAAGGUUGAAAAAGAAUCCUUCAGUUCCCUGGAAAAUUUACUUGCUGAUGACUUCAAAGAUGUGACAGAAGAUUUUGAACAACAUGUGAGUCCAUCCAAAGAUGAGAAGAAACCUAAAAAAGAACCUGAACCUGUGAGUAAAGGCCCUUCCAAUCUGGUUUCGAAUCUGGUGUUUGAGGAUGCAACCUCUGAGAAAGUAUUACCAGAAAUUCAACCAAAGGAAACAAAGGAAAAGGCUGAGAAGACUACUUUGGUCAAGGAAUCCCCUGCUCCCUCUGAAAAAUUGCAAAAACCCACCAAUGUUAUUGAGGCAGAAGUGUUCUUUUGCAAAAUGGGACUAGAUACAUGGUUCAACCCUGAAAAAUUGAAUCCUAAAGUGGAGAGCCUAAUAUACUGGAGAGAUCCCAAAAAGUCCGGACCUGUAUUCGGCGGCGUACUUUUAGUCCUUCUAGCACUCACAUACUUCUCCCUAAUUAGUGUAAUAGCGUACCUUUCGUUGUUGGGAUUGACCGGAACCAUCUCAUUCCGGGUCUACAAAAAUGUCGUUCAGGCUGUCCAGAAGACGGGAGAGGGUCAUCCUUUCAAGGAAUUUUUAGAGUUCGACCUCUCCCUGCCCCCAGAGAAAGUGAAGGAAAUUUCCGAAGUAGUCGUUGCUCACGUGAACGCUGGACUUUCAGCCCUCCGAAGGCUAUUCCUGGUUGAAGAUUUGAUCGACUCCAUCAAAUUCGGAGUCUUCAUGUGGACUCUAACAUACGUCGGUUCGUGGUUCAAUGGCAUGACCCUGGUAAUUCUUGCAUGGGUCGCUCUUUUCACACUUCCAAAGGUCUAUGAAACCAACAAAACUCAGAUUGAUGCCAACUUAGAGUUCGUUAAAUCAAAAUUAGCAGAGGUUACCUCAAAGGUAAGGGCAGCUGUUCCAUUAGGAAAGAAGGAAGAGAAGAAGGACUAAAAUAAGUUUCAUUAAAUAAUUUAUAUAUUCAUGAACAAACUUUUUUAAUUAGAUUUUUAAAGAUUGUCUUGUGAUUAAUCCACUCUGAGAAGGGAGUGAGCUUGGUAAAUGUGCAGUAACCAGCCCAAACUCUUCUUGCGGUAAGAUUGUCAACGUAUUUUCGAUUUCAGUUCCCCCUUUUCCAAGUAAUUUCCGAUUUAAAAUAGCAAACGCAGAUGAAACAACUGUACAUAAAUUUAUUUUUAUUUCUAUUGGAACUGUCCGAUAUUUGCAGCACGUGAAUAUUCAGACUGAAUAUUUAAUUCAGAUUUUAUCUAUGAUCCUAUCAAUGCAAUUGUAGUGUAUUUGUAUUGUAUUAUGAGGAAAUUUAUUUAUAGUGAUUAAACUUCGAUUUUGAGCCUUU